AUCUUGUUUUUGCUCUGCAACUGCAAUUAACCAACCACAACCACCAUUCAUCAAUGGCGAUUCUAGCUUCUCUCCCAAACCCCAACCUCUUCUCCUCCCUCCCCAACCCACCUCCACCACCACCCUCCACCACCAUCAAACCCCCAAUCCCCAUCCCCAAAUACCCUCCCCCUAAACCCCCUUCCACCCCUAACCCUAACAACCCCGCUUUCAAAACCUUCCACCGCCGCUCCAAAUACUACAAACCCAUCAAACCCGGCUCCGUCAUCUCCUCCGACGGCGACCGUUCCGUCGUCGUCGGCGACUCCGGCGUCUCCUACCAACUCCCCGGUGCCCCGUUUGAAUUCCAGUUCAGUUAUUCAGAGACCCCCCGAGCCAAGCCGAUUGCCAUUCGCGAGCCGGCUUUCCUCCCCUUCGCACCUCCUACCAUGCCCAGACCCUGGACCGGUAAACCCCCCUUGAAAAAAUCCACCAGAAAAAUCAAACUUUUUGAGUCAUCAAACCCAAACAACAACAAUAAUAAUAAUAAUAGUUCCAAACAGUUUGAAAUGUUGAAGACGUUUGAGAUGGGGAAUUUUGAACUGAAGCCGAGAGAGGAAGUGCUUGGGAAGCCGUUGAGCCGAGCUGAGAGGCAUGAGCUUGUUAAACGACAUGUUUCGAGUAACCGGCAGGUUAAUCUUGGAAGGGAUGGGUUAACACAUAAUAUGUUGGAGCUGGUACAUUCGCAUUGGCGAAGGGAUCCGGUUUGUAAAGUUCGGUGUCUUGGCGUUCCGACUGUCGACAUGCGAAACCUCUGUCGCGUUCUGCAGGAGAAGACAGGUGGUAAGAUUAUUCUUAGGACUGGUGGUGUGCUGUAUCUUUUUCGUGGUAGGCAUUAUGAUCCUCAUAACCGACCGAAAUACCCUGUGAUGCUGUGGAAGCCUGCAACUCCGGUUUACCCUAAACUCAUACAAGAAGCGCCUGAAGGGUUGACGAAAGAAGAAGCUGAUGAGUUGAGAAUGAAAGGGAAAAAACUUCCCCCGAUUUGUAAACUAGCGAAAAAUGGAGUGUAUCUUACUCUAGUGAGAGAUGUGAGACAUGCUUUUGAAGCGUCUCCAUUGGUGAAGAUCGACUGUAGAGGGAUGCAUGCAAGUGAUUACAAGAAGCUUGGUGCUAAGUUAAAGGAAUUGGUCCCUUGUGUGCUACUAUCUUUUGACGACGAACAAAUCUUGAUUUGGAGAGGCCAUGGUUGGAAAUCGAUGUUCCAUGGUGCACCUAUAUUUUCGGGCCCUACUUCAGAAAGUAUCGCAAACGAUCCUAGUUGCUCAGGUAUUUUAGGGCUCGUCGAACUACAAGCUUUUGUUUCCACGUCAUUUUUCCAGACUUUGUGGAAGUUUCGAUACGAUGAUUCAUUCAUCUUAUUUUUUGUCAUCAGAAAACUCUUACGAGUCAGAAAUAAGAUCAUCGAUUUCAAGCCCUAGAAUGACGCAGUUAUGGAGGCGAGCUAUCGAAUCAAGCAAGGCGAUGUUGCUGGAAGAUAUUGAGCUGGGGCCCGAUGAUCUGUUGAAGGUGGUCGAGGAAUUUGAGACGGUUACACAGGUUACAGAGCAUUCGUAUCCAGCGGUGAUUGUGUCAAACAAAGAAAGUCAAGCCCGUGAUCCCGAGGACGAGGAUUACUGUGAAGAUGAUGACUAUUUUGAUGAUGAAUCGGACGACGAUUAUGUUGACUUGAGUGAAAAGUCAGCUCCUCCGGGAUCGUUGCCGGUUGAUUUUUUAGCAGAGCAGCUCAGUGACGGCGAUGAUUGGAUGCCUAGCCGAAGUCGGAGAUGAUAAGGAUCCUGACUCCGAUGUGUAUAUAUGUUGGCAGAAAUCGAUCAACGAACUAUUGUAGAGCAUUGAAAAUGUAACAGAGAAACUAUAUUUACUUUAAAAAUUAUGAGAAUAUAGUUUCAAAAAAAGAAUUGACCUUA